AAAUGUUUUUUCAUUGAUAAUUCUAUUGAAGGCCUAUUGAGGUAUCAAUGUGAAUAACUAAACAGUGUAUACAUCUUUCUCAAAUGAAUCAAAAGUUGUUUUUAAAUACAGUUAUGACGUCAUCAAAAUUUGUGCUGGAUGUGGAGAACAAAGAAAAGAAAUCCUGUUCGCAUGCGCACUGUGCCCUGGAUUGCACUGGAAAUUUCUAGGUUGUUCCUUCCUUCUCGACAAAUUUAGAAAUUAGAAACUCGAGUCUCGAGGCCUGGACGACCCCACAUCAUUCAUAAAGCGACGAAAGGUUCUGUUGUGGCUCAAAGAUAAGCCCAGAGCUCCCUCCAGCACCUGGUGCAAGAACUGGGCUUGAAAUCAGAACAGACGGAAAACUUGUUCCUCAACCUCGACCACACACUUACUGCUCAAAAUGGUGAAGGAGACCGGAUUUUACGAUAUUUUGGAAGUGAAGCCCACAGCCACAGAUUCAGAACUGAAGAAGGCUUAUCGCAAACUAGCGCUGAAAUACCACCCGGACAAGAAUCCAGAUGCAGGCGACAAGUUCAAGCAGAUCAGUAUGGCGUACGAGGUGCUGUCUGACCCCAAGAAGAGAGAGCUGUACGACCGGGGCGGGGAGGAGGCCAUCAAGGGGGGAGGGACCGGGGGCGGAUUCGACUUCCACUCCCCCAUGGACAUCUUUGAUCUCUUCUUUGGCGGGGGCGGGCGGAGGGGAGGCGGCCCGCGGGGCCCGCGCAAGGGCAAGGACGUCAUACACCAGCUCAAGGUUCCUCUGGAAGAUCUGUACAACGGCUCCACAAGAAAGUUGGCUCUGCAGAAAAACGUUAUAUGUAGCAAAUGUGAAGCAGGCGAUGUGAUCAAACAUGAGUCGAUCAAGUGCGUGAUGGGGGAGGGCAUGCCGGUGUACCGAGACCCGUUUGAGAAAGGCCGGCUCAUCAUCCAGUUCCUGGUCAACUUCCCUCCCAGCAACUUCCUGCCCAGCAAGUCCAUGGAGGCUCUGGAGAAGGUGCUUCCUCCGCGGGAG